AUGUCUAUUCCUUCGACCACAACGAAACAACUUAACUCCAGCUCUAAAUCUCGACCUGCUUUUGAUUCCAUAUUUGACAAGUAUUUGGACUCUGACUCCUUUGAUCUUGACUUCGAAGAGGCCUACAGCAUGUACAAUAACUUGCAGCAAACCAACGCUAUCAACGGGAUAGAACAGUUGGAACAAGUUCAGCUAUUGAAUCAACAGUACAUUACUAAAUUCACUAAUGAUGGGAAACAGGGUCACGUUAACGGGAACAUGUCUGCUUUGAAUAGACUAUAUUCAUUAGGAGAUAGUGGUAUGUAUCUGGAUAUUCCAGUGGACCAUCAUAGAUAUAGCCAUCAUCAUGGUCAUGGUGACCAUGGUCACACUGACUCGCAACACGAGUUUGAUGCGCAUCGUUCGCAAAUUUUAUUGGGUAAUGCAGCCUUUGCAGCAGCUGCAGCAGAAGCCAAGCCAAGCAGAUUGAAGACGCAUGGUCAGCAGCACCACAGCAAUUCAGAUGCUGCUUCCAUACUACAACAUGAUCAUAAUGGAUUGAACAAUUCUCUCCCACUUCCGAAGAAGAAUUAUUUGCUUGGAUCUCCCCAGUUGCGUACAUUCACAGACUCAAAUCACAUAGAUUUUGGUUCGGAGCAGCCAGCUGCCAAGAUCAAGAAGGAAGAUCCUCCGGCUUUCCAAUCGCUUCCCGAAGAGAAUAUUCAUCAUCAUCAAUACGUUGCAACGUCGAAUGAAAGACAAGCUAGUGACGAAGAUCAAUUCUUUUCUAAUGUUGAAUCCAACGCAUUGGAGAAGUUUUUGGAUAAUUUGUUUGACUCCAACUAUCAGGAUCCAUUGAGUUUAUACCCCAAUGCAAACAAUAAUGCAACGAGUAUACAGAAUCAAUUUAAAGAGUUGAAUAGUCUCUAUGAUUUGCACACCAUGAAGCCACAAUUACAAACUAUGGAUUCUGACAUCCAAAGGCAUUAUUAUAAUGCGAGUCACAAAUUGGAUGAGCUUGCCAAUGAUAUCCAUAAUGAUAUUCCGGACUUUGCAGGUGACACUUAUCAAUUGAAACGAGAACUCACCGAGGUUUUCGCUGGAUCGGCUUCUGAUCCUUUGAAACCUCCGGGAAGCAUUUCUGGUGGUGGUGACACCGUGAAGCUUCAACAGUCACAAUCUGGUUCUGAGUCUGUGAUUAGUGAAAAUGUCCAAUUGCGUACUCCAGUGCAAUCGAGGCAAUCUUUCAGUGGAGCUUACGGACGAGAUGUCUCGGAAAUGCCCAUUUCAGGUGAUGCCCCACCUUCACAGCUCUCGAGUGCAAUGAAGAGGAAUUUGGAAGCAGAUAACAGUAAUAAUAAUAUUCUGCAAUCAGAUGACGAUGAUAAGCUGGACACAAAUGAUGGAGAUGACGACGAGAACGACUUGAAUAGCAAUCGCAAGAAGAGAAAGAGAUCUUCGUCGAAGCCUUUGCUUACUUUGGAGCAAAAGAGACUUCACCAUUCACAUUCUGAACAAAAGAGAAGGAAAUUGUGUAAGUUGGCGUAUGAAAGAUGUUUACGGCUAGUGAUAGAUGUUGAGGAAUAUCGAAAACAUGCUGAGAAUUGCAAUAACACACCCAUUCAACUUGUUAAUGGAAAGAAAUCUAGAAGGGCAAUGAUUAAUAAAGAUGGGUUACCCAAUUUGUCGAAACACACGGCUUUAAUGAAAAUCAGUAACGAAAUUAUGACUCUCCAAGAUCUUAACAAAGGUUUACGAGAUCUACUUAAAGAGUCAACUUGA